AUGGCACUCUUGAGGGCAAGUGCUGCAUUGGCAGUAGUUCUGAUGCUACAGUCUCAUCAUGCCGCUGCUUGGGGAAAUUCAGACACUCUCUACAUUUACAACUCUGAUACUCUGGCUGAUAUAUCAGCUUCAGAAGCAUGCGUGAAUGCCAUGUCCAGCAAUGUUUCAUGCUAUGCCGGCUUGAGCCAGGCAGUCACCCAGGCGACAUCAUGGUCAGCCAAUGCACUGUCAGAAAUGUGUACCAGCGGUUGCUCUUCCGCUUUGUCAAGCUAUGUCUCCUCUGUGGACGAAGCCUGCGGCACAAGUACGCAGUACAACAUCUCCGGUAUCUCACAAACUGCCUCGGAUAGAGGCAAAGAAAUGAAAUGGCGUUACGAUGCAACCUGCUUGACUGAUUCGGCUUCGGGCACCUAUUGCAACACCCUAUUCCAAAAUGCAAUUUCGAAUGGCACAACAAACAUCAAAUGCAGCGCAUGCCAUUUGGAGUAUAUGUCAACCCUAGUGAAUUCCAAAUGGGGUCAGGAUAUUUUGCUCAGUCCGUCGGCCUUAACGAGUCAAGUAUCUUCUUGCUCGACCAGCGGAUACUCUGUGACUUAUACACCAACCUCGACUGCCUCUUCCACGGCCUCUGCCUCGGCCACUGUUGCCGCUAGUCGCUGCAACACGACUGACCCCGAUCAAACUGUUUACAAGGUUGAAUCCGGAGAUACCUGUCUUUCUAUCUCAGCAGCUCAAAAUGUCUCAACCUCAGCCUUGAUAAACUUGAACAGCCUUGAUACGGGGUGUACGCAUAUAGUUGCUGGGGCAGAGAUUUGCCUUCCCGAUGUUUGUGAGAUCUAUCGCGUUCAGGAGACGGAUACCAUUGACAAAAUCGUUGCGAGCCUAUCGCGUCAAGUCUCUGUGCCUCAGUUUGUUGCAUGGAAUGCCAAUCUCAACUCAGCGCAAAGCUCGCAGAAUCUGACGGCUGUUUCGGGGAAGUACAUCUGCGUCAGUCCUCCGGGUACUCUCACACUCCCCGAUACCCUGGCUCUUAGGCCCGCAAGCACCGCUGUGUCUCUUCCUACCGACGCAGUCACUAGCUCCAACACCGACUGUGGUCACUGGUAUCAGAUCCAAGAUGGUGAUACCUGUGAAUCCGUGUGCGACAAAUUCAGCAUCUCUCAAUAUAAUUUCAAUUUCUUAAAUCCCCAGGCCGCAUUGAAUGCAACCUCCAGUUGCGGCAGCCUCUGGAAAGGGAACAGCUACUGCGUUCAAGCAGUGGGUAACAUCAACACCUAUACAAGCUACAUAUCCAACACCACAAGAACACGCACAUCACUUGCUAGCACCAUGAAUCUCAACGCAACCCGAACAGCAAACCAUAGCACCACCAAUCUGUUCUGGUCAUUCCCUUCCGACCUAACCACGGCCUCAACCUGGACCCCUGAUUCAGCAUACCUCGCAUCUCUCGCGACCUACACUCUCUGCGACCAGGUCAACUCAGUGUACAACAUCACCGAUGACGAUCUAACAGACGAGAUGUACCACGAUGAAGUCUGGCUAAGUGAAUACGAGCGCGUGUGCUAUCCUCCCGUGAACGGUUCUUUCCCGACCACCGGGUUCAACUUCAGCAUUACAUUGACCGAUGAUCCAAGUAUGGGAAGCUCGACGGUAUUCACUUCUAGCCAAACAGUUAGCUCUCACGCAUCAUCUACGGUCACUACGGCGACCUCUACCACAGUUGCGACUCCUACGAGUACGAUUUCGGAGAACGGUCUCUGUGGCCCGUCUAAUUCGGACUGGACUUGUUUGGGAUCUCAAUUUGGUGACUGCUGUAGUAACUACGGUUAUUGUGGUAGUUCGUCGGAGUAUUGUUCCAGCGCCAAUUGUAAUGCUAAGUAUGGCUCGUGUGGUUGA